AUCAACUGUGUUGAUUUUGUUGUGAAAAUUUUAUCUAGCGGUAUGGAAAUGGUUGUUGUGGUAAAAAUGUGAGUUGUUUUGAAUGUGGAGAGAUGGCUGAACAAGUUAUGAGAGAACUCGAGGCUUCGGCUGAGAUUCUUUUGGCUCCUCCAAAUGUGAUUAAUAGUGAACAGCGUCAUUGUGCUGAGUUAGUUUUCUUGAAUUUUCAGAAAACAAAAAAUCCUUUCCAUUUAUGCCAGUUUAUUCUGGCUAACAGUAAAUCUGAUUAUGUACAAUUCCAAGCUGCGUCUCUUUUAAAGCAAGCUACAAUAAGAGAAUGGAAGCUAAUGGACAAAGCUACCAUAGAGCAGUUGCGUUCUGGUUUACUCAACUUUGUUCUUCAAAAUACGAAUUUGCAAAAUUAUGUUCGAGAACAGUUACUUCUUGUUGUGGCUAUCAUGGUUAAACGCAGCAGUGUUGAAGAAGGCUCAGAAAUUGUUGCUGAUUUUCUAACAGAAGUGUCGCGUCUUAUAACUAGUGGAGAUCCUACAAUGCAAACCAUUGCUUGUUCUAUUUUAACUGCCCUCCUGAAUGAAUUUUCAAGUUCUACCAGAGCUAGUGACGUUGGACUUACUUGGGAAGCGCAUCUAAUGGCAAAAAAGAAAUUUGAGAGAACAGAUUUGAAACGGCUAUUCCAGUUUUGUCUCCAAGGGCUCAGCGAGUUAAACAAGGUUGUUCCACCUAUCCCACCAGAUACUGCUAAAUUGUUUAAAAAAUUUCUGAUUAUUGCUGAACAAGUUCUCACUUGGAAUUUCCAGUUUGCUAUGUUGUUGCCCAGAAAACUGGUUGGAAUGUUUGAAUCUCAACAGAGUCCAGCUCUAAGACCAAAUGCUGAAUGGCAUGAUGUUUUUCUGGAUCCAAAUGUCAUGGGACUGUUUUUUAAGCUUCACUGGCAAAUUCGAGAAAAUCCUGAUUUAUGCCAUCAUACUCUACAAUGUUUUCAUCAGCUGGCUUCAUUGAAUGGUUCUGUUGUUAAUAAGAAAGAAGAUAGGUGCUCUUAUCUCAGAUGGCUUAUUGAAAAUUUAUUGAAUCUUGUAUCUAGUGGGCCUUUGAAAGAUUUUGAAGCUAUUGGAAUUUCUAACAUGAUCAGUCGAUUACAUGUUUUCUUCCCUGCUCCAUACAUCUGUACUUUGCCAGUUGAAUUACUACAAGCAUAUCUUGUAAAACUCACAGAACUAACAUGCCAUUUUGCUGAGCGGGCUGCACAAGAAGAUGAUGCUCAAGAAGACAAAGUAUAUAUGGAAGCUUUUGAGCACAUAACUGAAGCAUGGUCAACCAUUUUACAAGACAGUCAGUAUUUUCCUGCUGAACUCCUUAGGCAAUCAGCCAUCCAAAUAUUUAAUCAUUAUUUAAAGACCCAUCUUUCACCUCCAGAUGGUGCAAGAAUACCUACCCCUAAUGCUCCUGUUGAAAUUGAUGAAAUUGAAGAAGAUGAACGUGUUAAAUAUCGUGAUCAAUUAUCAGCUAUUGGAGUAUUUGGUAGACUGAUUACAGACCACAGCAUUCCUAUUUUAGUUAAACUUCUCGAGGAUAGAAUUACGAGGCUGCAUGGGCAGCUUCAAAGAAUCCAUCAGCUUGCGGGAGCAGCUAAUGAUGAUACUUCUAUUCUUGAUUGUCUUAAUGAAGAUCUACAUUGGCUUAUCAUGAUUUCUGGACACUUGCUUACAUCUAUUAGUGAAGGAGAAACUUCCCUUAUUCCUAUAGAGAUUAUUCGUUUUUGUGCAUCACAAGCUGAUAAUAUUAAUCUUCAAACCACUCUUCAAGUUCUUGCUUCUCCUACACACCGAGCAUCUGACAUUCCAGGAGCUGAACAAACUACUGAUCCAGUUGUAAGGCUCAUUUCAGCUGUUUUCCGUAUGUGUGAAGUUGAAAAAAGGGCUCUGGAAGCUAAUUUGACCCAUCUGUUAAGUCCAGAAGUAUCGUUGACUUUAGUGUGGUUCCUUGGACGGUUUUCUGUUUGUUAUCUUUUGCCCAAUGAAACAUAUUACAAUGAGAUGAGUGUGAUAUUAACUCAGGCAUUUGGAAAAGAUACUGAAGCUGGUUUGUGGACUUUGGAUUAUGUUAUCGGAAAACUGGAAUCCAAUUUGUCACUUUGGUCUAGUGAAUCAAAAUUGGUCAUAGAGACUGCACACACUCUUACAACAGUAUUAAAUAAUACAGAAAGAGGGGAUAAAGCUAUUCAGUGUGCAUCCCUCAUAAAUUUGGUUAAGAAACAGUCAAAUGGUAUAUACCAAAACUUGCCUACAGCAGCUAAGCGCUCGAUACUUAAAUCUUUGGUUAUUGUUGGGACAGCAAACAAAGUGGCUGAAGUUAAAGAAAAAUAUUGGGCAGAACUUUUAAAACCACUUCAAGACAGGUUCCAAGUUGUCAUGUGCAAUCCAACUUUCCCACAAACAUAUCACACCAAACAGGCCCAAAGUGAAGUAAUGGAUUUAAUUGAAUGCCUAACGGGUGUUGUUGAUGGCUGCACUUUGACUAAUUUGAAUGACCUUCUGCCGGUUCUAAAUCCACUGUUUGAAAACUUGGUGAAGCUUGUAGACCUGUACCAUAACUAUAGAGAAAUUGUUGUGAUGAUUUUCCAAGUUUUUUGUGUUGCUGCUAAGAGAAUAUUAUGUUAUUUAAAUCAGGCUGGUGCAAAAAUUCUGUAUGAGUGUUGCAUUAAUAUGAUUCGUGUAUAUGCAAAACAUAAUACAGGUAAACUUAGUAGGGAAGCAAGUGCUGAAGAAGAUCAGUAUCAAGAUAUUUUACUUCUGAUGCAAUUGUUGACUGAAUUAUUAUUUAAGGAUUUUAUUGAUUUCCCUACAGCUGGUCUAGAAGACCCAGAAUCUCCAAUAUCUGCUGCAGAUGUUUCUUUGUAUGGUCUUAGCAUCAUCAUGCCCAUGAUGAGUGCAGAUCUUCUAAAUUUUCCGAGUUUGUGUUUACAGUAUUUUAAACUUGUUAUUUCUGUUUGUGAAGUACAACCAGCUAAAAUAUGUCAAAUACCAGCUGAUUUAAUGAAAUCCUUGUUAUCAUCCAUUGAGUUUGGGUUAACAUCCUACACAUCUGAUGUUUCUGCAUUAUGUUUGGAUUUCUUAUCAAUCCUGGCUCUGCAUAUUCACCGAGCGAAUCUUCAAGGUUCGCCUAUACAUGCAGCUUUAGAACCAUUUUUAAAGCUGGUUUUUGACAUGUUGUUACAUCAGCCCUUGGAUGCAGAUCUGACUCAAGCUGCAAGUGGAACAUUAUAUGCUCUAGUUUGUUGUUAUCAGACAAAGUACAAAGAAUUGGUUCAAGAGCUUAUUAAUUCCCAAUCAGAUCCUGUUACUGCACAAAGACUUUUGACAUCAUUCAAUAAUUUAUCUGCCAACAUGACAUUGUCUUUAGACCGUCACAGUCGAAUAAAAUUCCGAGAUGAUUUUGAGAAGUUUAUUACAGAAGUUCGAGGGUACCUUUGUGUUAAAUAAAUUGCAUGAUUUUAAAA